AUGGCCGUUAUUAGUUCUAGUUCUUCGGCAUGCUUUUUAGUAGGAGAGCACCAAUUAUCCUCAUCUUCUUCAUUAUUAUCGACUAAGACUGUGUUUGGUGGCUGGUGUGGGGUCACUCUCACUGGGUACAGUAGUUAUGAAGGGGGAAGCACUGGAGGUGUGCGAGUUACUUCUCUUGAAGGAUACACUCUGCAGAAUGGGAGAGGUACUCCCUUGGAUGGGAGAGCUACUAUUUGGAUCAGGGGAGCUACUCCUUGGGACGGGGGAGGUACUACUUGGGACGGGGGAGCUGACCCUCUGGAUAGGGCUACUCUCCAAGUCUUGCUCAAGGUGGAAGAGCCAUUCUUGAAUACAGGUGGUGAUGAAACACUGCAGUGCACAAAAAUUCUCACAUGGAUCAUUGCAAGAAUUUGUGCAAAGUCCAGCGGCAACUCUGAUGCUACUCACUGUUUUAAGAGCCUUCAAGGGAGCAAUGCAGAGAGGACAAGACCCUUAGAAAGGACAGUCAAAUUGGACUUGGCCCAGGGAUCAGGUAGAUUUAUAAAGGUUUUCGUCAACUCUAGAUGGGUUGUUCAAGGUCUUACCUUGGACUCUGAUCACAACAACCUAGAACAUGAGCAAGACGGUGUAGGACUUAUAGUCCUUGUGGCCUUGUAA